CAGAAGAAAACGUUUCCGCGGAGAUCGGCAGUUUUCAAUUGUUUACAGACUCUUAUGUCUUAUGUCUUAUGUCUCAGUACAUAACUGAGUCUCCCUACGAACAGAGGUUCCAUAUAUAAACGUAUAAAAAUCAUGGCCAGCGGAUCCCGAAAGCGUGCCAGCGAAUUCAACUUCAAGUUGCUGUGCGAUACCUUUGCCGAGAUAUGUCCAGACUUUCGAGUUGACCACGGAUCUGAUAAGAGCGAAAGCCUCGACUUUGCGAACCGAGUGUUAUUUGAGCUGUGCCCCAGGAUGCGGCAGCUGAAGCAGAGUGGCAUGGAUCAGAUGUGGCGUCUGGUUUUCCAUGGUGGUGCCAGUGUCUAUAUUUAUACUUACACGUUCCACAAACCGAUCAGCGGACAGCCACGCCUUGGAGGCGGCAAGCUAUACAUGACUGUGAAGCAGGCGGGCCUACUGGCAGUUGCGAAGAUCUGUUCCCUCUUGCCGUUGCACCACAAUCCGCGGCAGAAAAUUCUGCUGACUCCGCUCGCCAGAGCGGUAUUUGAUCCGUCAAAUAUCCAAAAGAUUGCCACCAGACUCACUGAUCUGUUCCGGCGCCGAGUGGAUUGCAACGAGGUGGUGCGGGCUGUGAUCAGUAGCUGCCAGAGCGAUGGUUACCAUCUGGAGCACAGCGAAAGUCACAUUGCCGUGGUGGCCGUGGGUGUCACUACCCGUGAACUUGCGGAUCGCAAAAAGCUACGAAGGCAAACUGUAAAGCAGUACAAUCGGCAUGGCAAAACCUUCGAUCACAGCCAGUACGAGAUUUACGCUAGAUUUUCCAAGAUGACUCGACAAAUCGCUGAGGAGCCACCACAACCCGAUGCAGAUGGAGGCGACGAGAAACCACCCGUGCGUAUACGCAAUGUGUCUGAAGUUCUAAGUUCUAUUGUCAAGUCCAGCGAUGAUCCACUGAGUGGCGAGACCAUAUACAUCAAAUCAAAGGCUCCAUCAAAUCAGGGAAUCAGAGCAGAAGUGGAGGCCAUGCCAACGUCCAUGGAUGUCCAUUUGGAGGGCAUAGGCAUGGAGCGCAUGAGAGCCGAGGUAUUGGCACCAAGUCAGUCAUCCUAAAAGGCAACUAUACAUGUUAUAUUAUUAUAAUUAUUCUCGGUCAUAGAAGCCAAACAAUUAUUGAA